CUCGGUGCGGUGCGGGCGCGGCCAGGGCUGCGGACUCAGGUAACGUUCCAGCUUGCGGCGACACCCACGGAGGGCCCUUCUGGGGAAACUGAGGACGCACCUGGCCGGGCGUAGUGCUGUGCACCCAGUCCCUUCUGUGGGCUCGGAGCGCUGCGACAGGGUGGGUGCCGAGUCCUCCGAUCCCGACCCCAGGUGUCUGGUGGCUGCUUCAGGAAACAUGGCCAAGUUUGCCCUGAAUCAGAACCUGCCCGACCUAGGCGGCCCUCGCCUGUGCCCAGUGCCCCCGGGGAGUGCACGCAGGCCGAGCUCUCCCUACUCCGUGGAGACGCCCUACGGCUUCCACUUGGACCUGGAUUUCCUGAAGUACGUGGAGGAACUGGAGCGCGGCCCGGUCUCCCGCAGAGCCCCUGGACCCCCUCCCCCACGCCGCCCGCGCGCGUCCCGGACAGGCCUCGCGGGCGCGCGCAGCCCUGGAGCCUGGACCUCCAGCGAAUCCCUGGCCAGUGACGAUGGCGGAGCCUCGGGCGCACUCUCCCCUGGGCUCUCGUUGCCCCCGCUGUCGCCGCGCUCCUUCACUCGCAACCCGCGAGUCGAGCUCACGCUCCUGGAAACCAGCCGACGGCUGGAGCAGGCCCAGGCGCAGGCGCGAGAGCGCGCAGCCAGCCCUGCCCGCGCGGUCUCCCGCAGCCCCCGCGAGUCGGGCCGCAGCAGCCCGGUCCCCAACCCCGCCCUUGCCUCGCCCGGCCCCGCCCAACUGCAGCUGGUGCGCGAGCAGAUGGCCGCGGCGCUGCGGCGCCUGCGCGAACUCGAGGACCAGGCGCGGGCUCUGCCUGAGCUGCAGGAGCAGGUGCGCGCGCUGCGCGCCGAGAAGGCGCGGCUACUAGCCGAGCGCGCGCAGCCAGAGCAGAACGCCGAGUUCGAAGCGCGCCCGGACAAGCUCGCUCAGCUGCGGCGCCUCACCGAGCGUCUGGCCACCUCCGACCGAGGCGUCCGCUCCAAGGCCAGCCCCCUGCCUGACGAUCCGGACGAGUGGGCUGCGAGGCGGAGCGAGGGUGCGCUGCAGGCCCUCGAUCGGGCGUCUAGGACACCUGAUAGGGAACCCCAGACCCGGGAGGCGGGCAUCGAAGUCGUGCCCGAGACCCGAGAGGAGGAUGCCCAGGCAGUACCCGACACACGGGAGGUUGGCGUGGAGGUGGGCCCCGAGACCGUUGAGGUGGACACGUGGGUGACCGAGGCACUCCUGGGGCUGCCUGAGGCCACCGAACGCGAGCUGGAGCUGCUGCGCACCAGCUUGGAGCACCAGCGCGGGGUGAGCGAACUCCUGAGGGGCCGAUUGAGAGAGAUGGAGGAGGCCCGAGGGGAUGAGGCCACAGUGGCCAGGUCCCAGUUCGGCGAGGCCGCCACCCAGACCUCAUGGGGUAGUGUUGAGAAGACCACGCAGACUGACCUCCCGGCGGAGGCCCCUUCCCUGACUCUGGAGAACAAGUCCAGACCCAUGGCUAGGGACAAGGAGGUGGCCCCCGCUGGCAUCCUCAAAUCCAUCAUGAAGAAGAAAGAUGGUGCGCCAGGUGCCCAAUCCAGUCCGGCACCCAAGAGCCUGCAGUUCGUUGGGGUCCUCAACGGAGAGUAUGAGAGCUCCUCCAGCGAGGACGCCAGUGACAGUGACAGCGAAGAUGGCACUGCCGAACCCCCUAGGAGUAGCUCUUCUGGAUCAGAUGAUGGUGGCGGGGAAACCGACUCUGGUACGCUUGGCCCUCUGGAGGACAGAGACGCUCAGGACCCCCAGCCUGAGGCAGAGCCAGAGCUAGAGCCAAAGCCAAAGGCAGAGACACAGGGGAGGUGCGAGCUGAGCCCACGUUUGAGGGAGGCGUGUGUUGCUCUGAAUCGGCAGCUGAUCCGGCCCGGUGGAGUCGCCAGAGAUGGCAAUGCAGCUCGCCUUGUGGCCCAGGAGUGGUUUCGGGUGUCCAGCCAAAAGCGCUCUGAGGCUGAGCCAGUGGCUGGGAUGCUGAGAGGGGUGAAGAACUUGGGGCCUGAGCUGCUGGCGCACGUGGUCAACCUGGCAGAUGGGAAUGGAAACACAGCCUUGCACUACAGCGUGUCUCAUGGGAACCUGGUCAUUUCCAGCCUGUUGCUAGAUACCGGGGUCUGUGAGGUCAAUCACCAGAAUAGAGCCGGCUACUCAGCACUCAUGUUGGCUGCACUUACUUCCGUGGGGCAGGAAGACAUGGCUGUGGUUCAGAGACUCUUCAACAUGGGUGAUGUCAAUGCCAAGGCUACCCAGACUGGACAGACAGCCCUCAUGCUGGCCAUUAGUCAUGGCCACCAGGACAUGGUAGCAGCCUUGCUGGAGUGUGGCGCGGACGUAAAUGCGCAGGAUGCUGACGGGGCCACAGCACUUAUGUGUGCCAGUGAGUAUGGACGUCUGGAUACUGUUCAACUGCUGUUGGCCCAGCCAGAUUGUGACCCUACCAUCCUAGACAAUGAGGGCACCAGUGCCCUGGCCAUCGCCUUGGAGGCUGAGCAGGAUGAGGUGGCUGCACUGCUCCAUGCCCACCUGACCUCUAGCCAACAAGACUCCCAGGUGAACACACACCUCCAGGACCAAACAUCCCCAGAGUGGCCCACAGCCACACCUGGCAAAGGAGGAUGCAGUGAUGAUGACAUAGAACCUCAGCCUCAGUGAACUGCUACUAGAUCUGGACUCUUCCCUCUCCUACAAGGGCCUUUUCAUCACAGCAGGGUGCCCCCUGAUGCUUCCUCUGGCUUCAGCUGGGAUGCAAGGGAAGGGUGAGGGGGGCGGGGGCUGACAUAGCUCCAGAGUCACUCACUUUGUAAAAACAUCUUUCCUAAUAAAGCAUUUCUGCUAAACUU